UCCACCAAAAGGGAAGCAUCUAUCAGCCUCUGUUUUGUGUUUUACCUUAUAAAAGAAACCAUGGAUAUUCUAGAGUCAGAUUCAAGAUACAGGAGAAAGCCUCUGGCUACCGUAAGGAACACUGUGCCAAAACUGCUCCCCUUCCUUAUUACAGUGUGUAAUUAUUUUGUGCUGUGGAUUCCACUCUCUGAGCCUGGCUGGUACAAUGCUCUGAUUAAAUGUCUGCCUAUUGUGAGCCUGGAGUUCUUUGUCCUCAUCUAUUCCACUGGUGUGGGCAAGUUCAGCCCUUAUGCUAAGAAAAUCUUUUUGGGACUAGUGUUCUCAGCAGCUGGAGACAUUAGCCUGGUUUGGCCAGAUUACUUUCAACUAGGUAUGGUCAUGUUUGGAUUGGCACAUCUCAUGUACACAACUGCAUUUGGCUUUCACCCUCUGAAUCUCCGAAUCUUCCUUGUUAUCGCCCUGUUUUGUGUUGGCUUUUACUCUAUGACUUUUUCAUACCUAACUGGACCUUUUGUAUACAUGGUGGCAGGAUACACUAUGCUCAUUGGCACCAUGACAUGGAGGGCACUUUCCAGGGUCAGCUUGACAUCUCACAAAUUCUCCUGGGCAUGGAUCUCUGCAGCUGUGGGAUCCAUCUUUUUUAUGGUUUCGGACUGUGUACUGGCCGUUGAUAAAUUUUGCUUCCCUAUUUCCAAAUCCCGGGAGAUUAUCAUGUCAACGUAUUAUGGCGCACAGCUGCUGAUAGCCCUCUCCAUCACUGGCUGGACCAGAGAGGAUUUUAUGUGGAAGUCAAAGUAAUAUCUAGUACAAAUGUUUUUCUUUAUAUCAUGUAAUGUCAAUUAAGCUGGCUUUGUCAUCACUCCACUAAAAUAAAAUCUACAAAGCCAUAUUCCAAGCCGUGUAAGACCUCUUUCACAUCAACGAUAGUUAUUUUCGCGUUUACUCAGUUAUAAGAGCAGAACAAUGAAAAUAACGGAACAUAACUGACAGGAACUGAGCCUAACAGAUCCCAUUGACUGUAAUGGCAUCUGUUCAGUUUCCAUCUGGGAGACCACAUUUUUUUUUUAUCGGAUAGUUUUUAUUAACAAUUUUCUGUAAAUUACAAAAAAAAUUAUUGUACAAUAUCCAUGUA